CCCGACGCGGGGACCGCCGCUGGGCCGCCGUCGCGCAGAAAGACGAGAUCAUGAAGGCCGACGAGCCCCCCGACACGUCCGACGAGUUGCAGGGUAGCAGUCGCGGCCGGCGGCGGGGCGACGAUCGGGACUCGGACGGGGGGGGGCCUGCGACGGACGAGGCGGCACAGCAUGCCCCCGUACAGGAGGUGCAGGGUAAGGCCGGUCGGGCCAACCAGGGGAGCUUUUGAGGGCAUGCUUGCUGCCUUUGAUUUAAUACGAUACCCAGGUCCUCACAUCACAUUUGGAGAAUCGGCUCUAGAGGGUGUAUAUAUACUUGUGUAUAUGCUGGUAAUUUGAAGCGUACAUGUUUAGCAUACUUGGAUCACUCAUUUUCUUUACUAUGUCAAGGGGUCGUUACAACAACAAGACUUCAGCUAUAGGAUACAUCAGGCGUUUUCAAGUUGGGUCACGAUCACAUCUCGGGAAGGGAAGGCGUUUAGAAAAGGCCGAGGGAAUGGGAUAUACAGGCCAUGUGUUAGUGCUCGUUUCAGUCACCUUCCACGGUGAAUUCUUCCUCUUUCCAGGCAUGUGCAUAUAUGUUCGCAGCUUCGGUGAAUACCAUCAGACGAAUUCAAAGAGGGUUUCGGAUACCCUCCCGACUGUAAAACUAUGGCAACGAGACAAAAAAGUCGUCUGGUCCCGCCUGUCCCUGGCCUGGCUCCCAAGGCGAGAGCCAACAUGGCAUUUACUUCCCCCUGGGAGAAUCAACACAGACAAAGAACAUCACCCCCAGGGCUUGGCCGUCUUAACGUCAGCACCACUCUCCAGGUGAAGAAGGUCGUCGUCUGGUUUCACAAGCACUACAAUUCGACCAAGC